AUGGCCUACGAUCAAAGAGCAAAGAGGAGAAAGACCGACGACGACAACUAUGUCGACACAACGAGGUUGUCAUCCAGAUUCCAACCUUACGAGGGCGGCCGCGCUUGGACAGUCUCGGUUGCAAUUCCCAGCAGUAUUCUCACAGAUGCCAUAACCGCCGAGCGCCGCACUGCCGUCGCCGGGCGCAUUGCCCGGGCCCUCGCAGUCUUCUCUAUCGACGAGAUUGUACUCUUUGACGACAGCCCGGUCGAGUCCCGCCCCAAGAACGUCGACACGAAGAGCUACACCGGCGACGUCGACGGCUGUCACUUCCUCGAGCACCUUCUUGGCUACCUCGAGGUCCCGCCCUUUAUGCGCAAGAUGCUCUUCCCGCUCCACGCGAACCUGCGCCUCGCCAACCAGCUGCCCGCGCUCGAGAUGCCUCACCACCCGAACCCGACCGACUGGCUGCCAUACCGCGAGGGUGUCGCUGGAAAGGGAACGCCCCAGGGUACCAUGAUUGACGUUGGAUUGAAGAACCCCGUCCUGAUUGAGGACGAGGUCCCUCCCAAUACGCGUGUGACGCUGUCCUACCCGGAUUACAACACCGACAAGGCGGAGGCGUGCGAUCCGUCAGCGCCGAGGGAAGAGGGCGGUUACUACUGGGGCUACCAGGUGCGGCGCGCCGACUCACUGUCGGCGGUGUUCACGGAGUGCAAGUACGAAGGCGGCUACGACGUGAGCAUCGGCACGUCGGAGCGUGGGCGCACGCUCUCUGAGGCCUUCCCUAGCGCGGCGCCCAUGGAUUUCAAGCACCUGCUUAUCGUAGGCAUUGAGUUCGCGGCGUUGAACGACAAGGAGCUCGAGGGUAUGGAGAUGACUCCCGCAAAGACGAGGGAGCUGUUCGAUCACUGGGUGAAUGUGUUGCCUGGACAGGGAAGCCGCACCAUUCGGACGGAUGAGGCCAUCUGGGUGGCGCUCACGAGCCUGAGGAGGUUGUGGGUUGAGGUCUGA